UUUUUUGAAGCUUUGGAACCCUUACUGGAUAAGAGAAAGUAUUUAGCUUUUGCACCAGACAUCGGUGAAACAAGGAUGAUGAUAGAGGUGUUGUCGAUCAAACUUCCGGACGUACUCAGUCAUAUGAUUAUAGUAUACGCCUCAAUCAUACAUGGGCUUUCUCCAGUUUUCCGGACGUCACAAUGAUAAUGGAUACAAAUGGCCCUUUUCUCAAUGACUUGGAACUUGGUACUGAACAGAAGAUCUAAGAAGGACACUAUAUGAUGGGCUUAAAAGGUAGCAUAUUUCAUCUCUUUUAGGCCAAAACAGCUAUAGCCGUUGGAACUCUAUCAUUUCUUGGUGCCUUUUUCCCUUACUACACUGUCAACGAUAAAGGAGUCUUUAUGAGUCCUCUGGUGUGAACUUUUCCGCAUGUCUUUUGAGGAUGAUACUUGAUACACUGCUCUAUUGUGCAAUUGGACUAUAUUUUGAUAAGGCUUUUCCAAGGGAGUGAUGGACUGCAAUAUCCAUGGAACUUUAUUUUCGAAAAAAAAGACUUCUGGAGAAAGGAAAAAUUGUAAAUAAUUAUUCCUGCAGUUUUUAAAGUUAAAAUUGCCGGUAAUAGUUCAGAGCCAACACGUUCAGCAACGAUAGGGUGCGGAACCAUCAUAGUUAGAGUUACAGCAUGCUUUCAACCUCUCAGAGAAUGUCAGGCUAAAUAUUUCCGUCAGUUACUCAAACCUGUGACGUAAUUGUUUAGUUUUCCUUUGCUCUUUUUGGGUUAAUCCAGUGGUUUUAGUUGUUUUAAUCAUUGUUGGUAUAAGAGAAACCCAUAGUGAAAGAUAGCCCUUGGUGUUUGAAUCAGUUUUUACUAAAGGUUAAUUGUUGUGGUUGAAUGGGAGAGAAUGGCGGAACCUGGACGCAUCAGGUGCAAUUUAGUCAAUCACCCAAUUUGAAUUCUUUCUGUGCUCCCUUCGAUAUGGGGAGGCAAAAUGCUGCUGCUGCAGGAAUGAACCCACAUGUCGAUAUGGGUACGGUUUCAAGGAAUGAGGCAGUACCACCAGCUUAUGCAUCCUCUGCACUACCAUAUAUACAGUCAGGACUUUUAAAUGAACCUCAUGGUUGGUUUUAUUGUUUGCCUCGCUUCGACAGGGUUUUACGUGUCCUCCGAACCUCAUUUCUGAGGAUAAACUCCCUAAUGCGAGUCAAUGGGGAAUCGGGCUUUCCUAUAAAAAAACAGUUUCUUGUCAUUGAUCAAACCGGUGAUCAAACGACUCUCAUUUAUAGUUCGAGAUUCGGGAAGCCUGUUGAGUGCCUUGGUUCAUGAGAUUCCAAGUUUCAUAGAGGGCACAAAAGUAUUCACAUGAAUGGAAGCGAACAAUAGAGAUCAAAUUGUGGAUGUCGGAUCCAUGGUUGAAGUUGUUUCUGCGGAAGCCGGUGAUGCACCUCUUCACGCCAUCGAAAGCCUCUGCAUGCGCUGUCAUCAAAACAGAACUACAAGAUUUUAUUUACUUCAAUUCCUAAUUUCAGAAAGAUUUUAUUGUUGGUUUUUGAAUGUCCUCACUGUGGUGAAAGGAACCAUGAAAUGCAGUUGCUGGAGUUCUGUAUGUAUUGGGAGCUGUAGAAACAUUUUUGAAAGCAAUUCCUUCUGCUGGAAUUUUUAGGGAGCCUAUGACACAAGUUAGUGGUACCACACUUGCGGUACAGAGUCCGAGUUCACAUGACCUGCAAAUUUAUGGGAUAGUUUUGACUAUUGUGUUAUGCUUUAUUGUAUUUGGAGGAGUGAAGAUGAUAAAUCGGGUUGCACCUGCAUUUCUUAUACCUGUUUUACUCUCACUCGUCGCUCUAAAUUCUGCUUGCCUUAAAGGAGAGAUUAACGUGGAAGCACUUGAGGGAUUUGU